CCUGCGGCUCGGCCGCACCGUCUCCGGUCUGCUCCCGACCUGACACCGCAACCACUCGAUGACUCACGCACUUACUUACGCCCUUUGGUGACAUUGCCGGGAGAGUGUAGUGCAAACGGUAGUGCUUCCAUGUAGGAGCGAGUCUGUGUUGUGAUUGUCGUGCGCUCUUGUCAUGUGGGAAGUGCGAUGGCUUUGAGUGACAGCAUGUCGCGGCACCUGCCUGCGGGGCUGCUCUUCUCGCUGCUGGUGGCAGCCGCCAUCGCCAACCAGCUCGAGGAUAUCCCUCAUAAUGAAGUCAAGAACUGGGCGCUAAAAUUCGGCGUCGAUUUAUGGGAAUUCGGAAGGCACUUCACUAAAAUGAAUCAAAUACAAAAUCGCAUAAUGGACAGCGCCGAAGCAGCCGCGCUGACAGCGGGCAGCGGCGCCAGUGACGGCGCGCCCGGCUCCUACUACGACGCGCGCUGGCUGAACGUGCAUGCUGAUGACGGCACGCUAGCAGCUCGCGCGCGACGUCUACUGCUUGCUCCAAGUCGACACUUCGAUCAUAUAGCUGUGAACACAAGUUACAGCGCUGUGCUUAUGCCGCCAUACAUUAAUGUUGAAGAUAGCGAAGUGCAGAAUCAGAUAGCGUGGUCGGAACACUUGGACCCUCUAUUUGUGAACAACUACGAGAUAGACUCUUCGCUCUCGUGGCAGUAUUACGCUUCCUCUACAGGCUUUAUGCGACGAUAUCCAGCUAUGUCCUGGCCGCCAGAAGAUGGAUACUCACACCACGCAAGAGACUUCUACGACUUCAGGUCGUCAAAUUGGUUUGUGGAGGCGGCCACCUCUCCCAAAGACCUGGUGAUUCUCCUGGACGAUUCUGACGACAUCGGCUCCUCGUACUGGCGGCUGGCGAAGGCUACCGUCUCUGCAUUACUAGACACACUGGGGCCUAAUGAUUUCGUUAACAUAUAUCGAUACAGCGACACCGUAGCAGAGAUACAUUCCUGCUAUUCGAAGAUAUUAGCUCAGGCGGUGCCGGAGACAAUUCGCGAACUAAAGACAUCGGUUUGGAAUGCCGAAGUAUCGGGUGGUGUGGCGAAUCUGACUGGAGCGCUCACUACGGCUUUCGAAAUACUAAAUAGGUACAACCGCACUGGCCAAGGGUGUCAGUGCAACCAGGCGAUCGCGGUGAUUGGCGCUGGAGGCGGUGCUACGGGGGUGAAGGGGGUGUUCCGGACAUGGAACUGGCCCCACAUGCCCGUGCGCAUCUUUACGUACAGAGUGGGAGGAGAUACUGCCGCGGGACACACUAUGAAGGACAUGGCUUGCACUAAUAAAGGUUUCUACGUGUCAAUUAAUGAGCACGCAGAAAUCCGUCCUAAAGUGUUGCACCUGGUUGAGGUGCUAGCAAGACCACUCGUCAUGUACCAAACUGUUCAUCCCGUGCACUGGAGCCCUGUUUAUGUUGGUGGGAGGAGUAGCAGCCUCUCUGACGACGGAAUGGGUCAACUGAUGACAUCGGUCACCGUUCCCAUAUUCGACAGGAGAAAUCACACGCAAAGGGAAGCAAACCUUCUGGGUGUAGUCGGAACAGAUGUACCUGUCGAUGAGAUAAAGAAGCUCGUGCCACCAUACAAGUUAGGAGUUAAUGGUUACUCCUUCAUGGUGGAUAACAACGGGCAUGUUUUAUACCAUCCGGACUUAAGACCUUUGCAUACAAACGAGGAAUACACGGAGACAUUAAGACCUCUAUAUUCAAGUGUUGACCUUACCGACGUGGAACUACUAAUGGAUUCUGACGAGAAUUCGAGGGUUAAUCUUACUUCAUUGUUACUUGAUCUUCGACAUGAGAUGAUAGAACAGCGAGAAGGAGAAACAGAGAUAGGGGUAAAGGUUCAGUAUGACAACAUGAGACGCGUGUCCACCCGGCGCCAGAGGUACUUUUAUAGUCCAGUAGAUGGCACACCGUUCUCCCUAGCCGCUGUCCUUCCUGAUGGAUACGGAAUGUAUGAGCUGCAAGCGGAGCAGGAGGUUAAACAUAGUCCAAUAAAUGUCACGGAAUAUUUUAAGGGUGAAAACUGGAAAAUCCACCCAGACUGGGUGUACUGUGAAUACGCGUCAACAUCAGAUCAGACGUUUAACUCACCGGAGGAGCAACUGCUUCAUUUCCUGUCAAGAGCUGGCAGGCCUGGCUGGAAAUGGAUGUCGCUGCGGCCACGAGCCCUCACUCUGCACAACGCACAUAAGAAGCAGGACAGAGAUUCUUAUUAUUGCGAUAAAACUUUAGUACAGUCACUCAUCCGGGACGCAAUGGUAAUCAAAGAACUGGACGCUCACACUGGACAUGCGAGUCACCAUUCUCAGCAAGGCAGAUUCCACAAGUUCGUCGUGACCCUGUCCUUCAUCGCUACUCGCAGCGGUCUGCUGAAGUGGACUGAAAAUAUUAACACAUCAAGAAGUUCCGAUUCCGCUGAAUCCCACUUCAGCGAAAAAUAUGCAAGAGCAUUCGAUUCUGAAUGGUACCGUCGUGCAGUCGAACAUCACGCAAUAGAACCGGAGAGCUUUGUCUUUUCUGUGCCCUUCCGUGAUGGGUCAGAAGCAGAGGAUCUAAGUGGAAGACCACCGCUAGUCCUGGCUACUCACGCUGUGUUUGUGGAAUCACGAGGCCACAGAGCCCCAGCGGCAGUUGUUGGACUCCAUUUCCAGUUGGAAUCACUUGCAAAACAUUUCUUGAAUGUUACUUCUACCUGCACAGUUGGCACCGUCUGUAAAAAGACUUGCGCUGGCGACGAACUUGACUGUUACAUCUUGGACGAUAAUGGAUUCAUUAUCCUCUCGGAAGACGUGUCACAAACUGGCCGAUUCUUCGGGCAAGUCGACGGCACAAUCAUGGACUCCCUAGUCCAGGAUAGGAUCUACAAGAAAGUUACCGUACAUGACCAUCAAGGUCGUUGUCCCGAUUCCAGAAAUCCGUUUAGUGGAAACAGCAACAAACUAUCGCCAAUGAAGCCUAUUUCCUGGCUCGGAAGUUACUUGACAAGUCUACUGGCAGUGUGGUUCCCUCUGUGGGAUCACACAAAAGUCAAAGCUAAACCAUAUACAGAAGACGAAGUCGAUUAUGAGGACUAUGAGAACGAGGACAUCGAAAAUGACGAAGAUGUUGAUCGCGACCGAGGCACAUACGAGAUCAUCAUAGAUGGGCUGGGAGAGAGUUCCCGAGAUGGAGGCCGUCCUGCGGGACCUGCUAUGUCCCCAGGGCCUCCGCCAGGUGCUGCGACUCACCGGGAACCGCCUCGUGAAGCAGCGCGGUCAGCUGCCGUGAGACCUUGCGACACUAGCGCCGAACUCUUCACUCUACAGUCCACGAGACUCAAUGCAGCACAACCACUGAAGGGGAAACUUACUAAUUGCCAUAACUCUGGAUGUGAAAGGCCGUUCAGUGUGCAAAAGAUCCCGCACAGCAACCUGAUUCUGCUGGUGGUGGACACAUUGUGCCCGUGCGGCGCCAAGCGGCUGGAUGUGCGUGCGCGCGAGGCGCCACCGCGCUCCGUGUGCCGCCGCCGCGCGCCGCAUGCGCACCGACGCCGCCCGCACCACUGCGUCUCCUACCAUCCCGAGGAAAUAGAGAUCCAGUCGUGUGGCCGCGGCGGUAGAACGGAGCCAGUGCUCGCGCUGCUGUCAACAGUGGUGCUGCGGUUAUGGCUCAGCACGUGAUUGCAGUAAUAUAACUGUCAUAUAUUUUGUUUUUAACAACCCCCGACGCCGCCAUGCCGCACUGGUCUCACAGCGCGACCGACAUGGAGCUUUCACACGUUCGGCAGAUAAACCGAAUGAUUAUAAACUGUAGCAUUUGUUUGAUAUCUAAACGAACGGAUUUUCUUUAUGAAAGAAAGCUUCGAAGGCAAUUCAAGUGUUCGAGGAUGAGUGAUUCGGGUACUGUUUGUAUGUAGUGUGCGAUGAGGUGAUUGUCGUGCUCGCACGGGUCUGGUGACGUCACCGCUUGCGGCCGUGACGUCACGCCCCUGCCCCAUGGCCUUUAUAUAUCGCGAGGGUAGAGUUUUGAUCAAUUUACCGACUGAAGUUUUGGUCCGACCAAAUGAACUUUUGAUCUUGUUUUGAGACAGGAUAAUUUAUUCGGAUUAGGAUACGAUAAUAAAUAAAUAAAAUAUUUCCCCUCUUAUUAAGUUGUCAGUUGUCACACUCAUGAUGUAACUAAUGCGAACGCAUACUUACAGUAAAUAGGUAGGUAACGAAUAUCUUGUUAAAUUUAAAUUGGAGAUUAUCACAAACUUGGAGAACUUAUAAAUUAUAGCUAAUGUUAAUAGGUAUUGAAAGAUAAAUAAUUAAUGUAAAAAAUAUAACAAUAUCGUUUGAACUGUUUAGAAAAUUUUACCUAUGUUGAUACCUAACUCUAUUUAUUUCUUAAAUAUCUGUCAUUCAAAUUAAUCCAAACUUAUUAAAUAGUUGCAUAGAUUUAAUGUAAAUAUGAAGAUAUUUUGUUUGUAGGCAAUUUCGUUGCUAAGUUUAUGUGUGCCUGUGUAAUAUUUAAAAGGCCGUUUUGUCGUCGGGACGGCAUCGCAACGCCAUUGCGUGCAAGUAUGUGACCACGUGUGUUGACCAAGAAUUGUACAUUUUGGGCCCGAUAUAAAAGAAUUCAUGAUUGGCCAUAGAUAAUAUAUGGAAAGAAAUAUUUGAUGUGUUGUUAAUACAUUCUUGGUCAACACAUCUUAAAUAUAAUAAAGUAUAUUAAAUCCAAACAUUGUGUUCUAGGCGUUGCCACGUCGAUCCGCGACGACUCUCCAUUUCUAGUUGUUAGCAAUUUUCUCGCCUAAUCUUCGAAUAAUAUCGUCGAGAAACUGUAAACAGUUUCGCGUUUUUAUUGUAAAUAUUUUACUAACUUUAAUGGCCUACUACGAUUUUAAGGAAGUGUGUUGCUAAUAUUUAUGUCGUUCAAUUCGACUUCUGCUGUUAUAUGAAGAAACAACUGUCAUAUCGAUGUCACAGUCAUAAUAAUUUGCAUAUCAUACGUUUAUAUACUAUUUAAUCUUGAUGUUUCAAGAUUUCGAACUAUUAUAAUAAGUACAGGCCUCUAAUGUUGGCGUUUUAUAUAGGUCUACAAUCUAUCGGAAACAUUUACGAUGACUGGAAAGGAAAACGCCAAGAUGAGAGGUCCCAAGUUUUACUUUCAUACGUACAUUUGGAUUCUCAUUAUUAAGAGAUUAAUGUAUACCUAUUACCUUGUUUGUAACUAUCAUAAAUGUGGAUGUUAUAUAGAAAAUCCGUAGCCUGAUUGUGAAAAUUAAUUGGAAACAAGAUAUCUAAAAUAUCAACAAACUUGAUAAGUAGGUAAGUAACGUUUCGGUUUUCACAAUCAGAUUAUUAUGUACUGGAUAUCUACAAAUAGAAAUUUUAUAUAUCAUAAUAAUAGUCUAUAUUUAAAUGAGUAUACGGCUUGCUAUUGUCCGUUUUAUUGCAUAUUUUUAAAUAGUACAAAAUCAUAUAUUAAUAGUUAACGGAUAUCGAGUGCCAAACCACAGUUCCCCGAUUUGCUUUGAUUAUGGAUUAUUAUUGUACGGGACCGAUAGUUUACGUAAUUCCAUAGCGUAAUGCAUGUGAUUCUAAUAUAGAUUUGCGCGCUGGACAAUAGCAAGCUUCUUACAAAUGGAAUAAGGCGCACAUUAUCACCAUACCAAAUUAUUUUCUGGCCUUCGACACUCGCUCUAAAGAUCUUUUUAUUAUAAUGAUUAAUACAAGUGCGAAGUGUGUUGAGAGUGUGGUACUCAGGCCAGUUAUGGAAUAAAAGCAGUCGUAAAUCGCGCAUAUACUCUGGAUUGUUUUAUGACAAAGGGCGUUGGUUGCAGUAAUUGACAAUAAAUUUCACAUAUCUAUAUAAUUAAGCAAUAAUAUUCUGGGUAUAUUUCGAGGCCUGACGUGAACAUGUCAAUAUUUCAAAUUUUCGUAUCAAGACUACACUAAAGUUACGAUUUCUAUAGAAUAUUACAGCAUAUUUUAAUUGAAACGCGAUUUUUUGUAUCUUUUAGUUAAGUGAUCAGAUAUACCAAUAAAUAUUAUGUCUAGAUCGGUCUAUUUAUCGCCUAAAAAUAAGGGCAGGAACCUACUGACAGUAAAGGUGUCAGCUUGUAUAACAUUGGUAACCCUUACAACCGAUAUAUGUUAGCUACGAACACGUGACAUGUUUGCCAUUUUGAGACAGAUUGCCAGUAGGUACCUACUUAGAUUUGUUGACAAUGUGCCUCAUGCAGACCAAUGUUUUCCGACUUAAAAUAUCUUGCAGACGUCAAAGUCUAAGCGUAUUCACGGCAGGUAGUAUACAACCCGAAAGAUAAUUACUGAAAUCAAUAUGCUCGUAUCGCAACCAGUAUUAUGCUCAAGUACGUUAACAUGGUAUCAAUGGGCGCAUCAGAGAUAAUGUACAUUGUGUAUAAAUAAUACAGUAAGGAGUCGAUUUAAUGGCUUAGAGAAAGUUUUAACUGGUGAGUGGCGGCCGACUGGUGUAUUGAGUGCUUCUAGUGAGCGUCGAGUCUUCCAUAGCAGUCGGGCGCGGGGAGCGAGUGUUUACUGUUACGUCUAAGUAUUAAACGAUAAUAAUAGUGUUAUAGCAUAGCCAGGCUCGCGUAUUGGGCGGUGUGCAGAUAUUUUUACUUGCACUUCGCGGGUUUUAGUUCUACGUAAAUAUAGACACAAAACAAAUACCUCGUUUAGUUACUCAAAACGUAAUAGCUAGACAAAGUUAGCGUUUAUUUCGCGUUCAGUUGUCGAACAUAUCAAUUCAGGCACCAAAUAAUAUACUUAAGCGGUUUUUAAAUGUUUUCGUAUGUGAUAUUUCACGUAAUUGAUGUAAUGAUUUUAAUGUGAUUUGUAUCGAUGUUCACAUAACCCCUCGCUUACGGACAUACGUAGCCAUGGUAUGGCAAAGGGUCGCUCUGGCAGCUGACACCCAACAUGAGAGACGACGGACCUGCUCGAGGCUCUCGUGUACAGUCAAAUACUAUUUCAAACGCUAACACAUCUCUGUGAAACCACUGUCGAUCCCUUGUUAAAGCUUUUUAGAAGUAUAAUCAAAAUUAAAGGUAAAUUUCGAAAUUAUAUUGAAAUUUUGAUGUAACUGUAUUAAAUUUAUUUUCUAUUAUGAUUAGUUAAAAUUUAUAAAUUAAUAUAGUAAAUCUCAUUGGGCACGGCCGACCGGUCCGUGUCACCGCGGUUCCCUAGUGUAAUUAUAGUAAAAUACUGUUCUUUUUGUUACUUGCCAGUUCAUGCUAUAGGUAUACCGUAAUUACAACAAUAAAGUUCUCUUAUAACAUUGUGAA